CCCAAAGUGUGUAAAUUUUGAAUUCCUGGAAUAGGGAUGCCAAUAAAAAGGGGUCAUGUUGCCCCUCAGAAUACCUUUAUAGAUACUUUAAUACAAAAAUUUGACAGUCAAGGUCGAAAAUUCUUGAUUGCCAAUGCUGCCCUACCGGGAGCUCCAAUUAUUUUCUGUAAUGAUGAGUUUUGUUCCUUAUGCGGAUAUUCACGGGCUGAGAUUCUGCGUCGGUCUGCUGGCUUGGAAUUUUUAUAUGGGCCGCUUACAUCAUCUAGAUCUAUCAAGGAUUUGAAAACAGCUCUAUCAGACUGUGAAGAGAAAAUUAUUAUGGCGGUAUUGUGUGAUAAGUCAGGUAAUCAAUUCGCCUGUCAGAUAACAGUUGCUCCAGUUCGUAAUGCCGAAGGUCAAGUUCGCUUGUACAUUUUAACCUUUGUGGUUAGUUCCGAGUUAAGAAAAACAAAAAGUACAAAUUCAUCUAAGAAACCACCAAGUUUAGUGAAAGAAAGAAAAACUAGAAGUGGUUUCUUUCGAAAGCUGUUUGGUAGUCAUUCUGGUGAAUCGGUCGAUGAAGAGGCUAAAACAUCCAGUCAGUCAGUUAUUGUACAUGAACGUAAUGAUGGUACCAGACAACGUACAUCUAAAGAUGAACCAGAAAACUCUACUUCUGCUAUUUCAACUGAUCGAGAUUUAAGCUGUGCUUGCUUGAUGCAAUCGGGUGAGCUGAAACAACCUAUACCACGUGCUCAUUCUGUGGUCAGUGUUCCAUUAAAUGUUCCAAAAGAAUCGAAACGAAGUCGUAAUUAUUUAGUAUGCAGAGGUCAGUCAACUGCAAGUUUAUCUUCACAUGUUUCUCCCGGGAAUUCGACUAUCGGUCUUACACGUGGAUGCGGUGGAAUUGUAGUCAAUACUGAUUCAUGGACAGCAACUCGUCGCCAUGUUUCAGAUAAAGUUGCUGAGAUGUUAUCAAUGGGACCUGAGCUGAAUCCAGAGCAAAAGUUACACUCCCCACGUAUUCAUCCAUUCACCUUAAAACAUUAUGGACCUGUAAAAGCUGUAUGGGAUUGGCUUGUAUUAGGUUUUGUUAUUUAUACAGCUGUAUUCACUCCGUAUGCAGCAGCUUUUCUACUUCCUGAUGCCAAACGUAAACGGCGGCACAAUGAUGGUUGGGGACGUUAUAGUGGUCUUACUUCCUAUCAGAAUCCAUUGCAAAUUAUUGACUUAUUUGUUGAUAUCAUGUUCAUUGUGGAUAUAUUCAUUAACUUUCGUACAACAUAUGUCAAUAGAAAUGAUGAAUUAAUCUCACAUCCCGGUCAAAUUGCUAUCCACUAUUUUAAAGGUUGGUUUUUGAUUGAUGUUGUCGCAGCUAUCCCAUUCGAUUUAUUACUAUUCGGUGCAGAAACAGAUGAGAUGGCUACAUUAAUUGGUUUAUUGAAGACUGCACGUCUUCUACGCUUAGUUCGUGUUGUUCGUAAACUGGAUAGAUAUUCUGAAUAUGGUGCAGCUGUCCUCCUCUUACUUAUGGCAACAUUUGUAUUAAUUGCUCAUUGGUUAGCGUGUAUAUGGUAUGCUAUUGGAAAUGUUGAACGUCAACAAUUCAAUGUACGCAUUGGUUGGUUAGAUCAAUUAGCUGAACAAACUAAACAACCAUUUGGUAAUAGAUCAACACUUGGACCAAGUAUUAAAUCAAAGUAUAUUACAGCAUUGUAUUUUACAUUUUCAAGUUUAACUUCAGUUGGCUUUGGUAAUGUCAGUCCUAACACGAAUCCAGAGAAAAUAUUCUCUGUAUGCGUUAUGUUAGUUGGCUCUUUAAUGUAUGCUGGAAUAUUUGGACAUGUAAGCGCUAUUAUUCAACGCUUAUACAGUGGUACGGCACGUUAUCAUGCACAAAUGUUACGUGUUAAAGAGUUUAUACGCUUUCAUCAAAUUCCAAAUCCAUUAAAACGACGUUUAGAAGAAUUUUUUCAACAUGCCUGGUCGUAUACAAAUGGUAUUGAUAUGAAUUUAGUACUGAGAAGUUUCCCUGAAUGCCUACAAGCUGAUAUCUGUUUACACUUGAAUCGAAAUCUAUUGAACACAUGUCCACCGUUUAAAAAUGCUAGUCAAGGUUGCCUAAGAUCGCUUGCAUUGAAACUGAAAACUACUCAUGUCCCACCGGGUGAUACACUUGUUCACAAAGGUGAUGUAUUAAACUUUCUGUGUUUUAUUGCUCGUGGUAGUAUUGAAAUCAUGUAUGAUUGUAAUGAUAUACUGGCUGUACUUGGACAAGGCGAUGUAUUCGGUGAAAAUCCAACUGAUUAUAUUAGUAUGGGCCAGUCAAAGUAUAAUGUGAAGGCGUUAACCUAUUGCGAUUUACAUCGAAUACAACGUGAUGAUCUGUUAGAAAUUUUAGAAAUGUAUCCUGAAUUUGCGAAACAAUUUAAAAAGGAAUUAGAAAUCACUUUUGAUCUACGUGAUUAUUCUGAUCCGUGUCUUCUUAAUCCAGAAUUAGUACAACCAUCAGUUCAACUAGCCAGAUACGCCUCUCCUGAACAUGUCGAUUUAACUGAUGAUAAUGAUAUCGAUGAUGACGAUGAUGAUGACGACAAAUCUGAUAAUGAUGAUGAUGAAGAUGAUGACAUGAAUCGAGAUGUCGGUGACGGUGUCAGUGUCGGUGGUGACCGUGUCAAUUAUGAUCAUCGGAAAAUGGACAUUGAUGAUUGUCUUAAAAUUCAUCGGACUGCUGAUAUGACAGAUGUACAGGUUAUGCCAUUUAUCGAUUGUUUCUCAAAUAACCAAUCACCAAUUGAUCCUGUUAUAUCUUCACAUAUACUACCGUCUGCAAAAUAUGAGUAUCGUAGUCACUAUCCAUAUAAUCCUAAUUUAUUCACUUCUACUGAUGAUUCAGAGAUAAAGGAUAAGACAACUGAUCAACCUGUACAUAGUAGCAAUGUACUGCCUGAUGAUACAGUUGACAUUUCUCAACGACCAUUCACAACUCCACUUUCUUAUCACUCCACAAUGUACCAUAGUAGUAGUAAUAACAACAACAGACAAUGCUGUGAAGAAUUAAAUCCUGUUGAACAAGAAAGUCUAGAAACAAUCGAAUCAUCAGAUGUUAUGCUGAAUUUGUUAAAACGUUUAGGCUCUAUGGAAAAUAAUCUUUCAUCGCUAGAAGAAAGGCUCAAUAGUGAACUGAAUCAAAUAUCUGAAUUGAUCGACUCGUGUUGAUUGUAUUAUGUAUUGUAGAUUAAAUUAUUUUCAACUCAUUUUUUUGUUAAUUACUUCUCUAGAUUAUGAAAAGAAAAUAAAGGGGAAUAAUUAAAAUAUUUGUACAAUUUUUAUUAUUAUUAUUAUACUUGUAUCAAUUAUACUGUAGAUAGACGACGCAUUGUGCAAUAUAUUUUAUCUCUUUUCAAAUAUUAUCACUCAAUAUGUGUAAUUAAUUAAAUACAUGCAUUUCAAGUUUAUUGUUAUUAUUGAAAAAGAGGUAUGGAAAACACUCUUAACCCCCUCCCCCUUUCAUACUCACUCAUUCAUUCACUUAAUUAGCCUUUUAGUUGUACAAUUGCCAGUUCUUUUUGUCUAUCUCAACUUUUGUUCUGUUUGGCCGGAUAUGUGAGGUUGAUGUGGUGGCGAAUGAAUGAAGAAAUCUUUCACCUUUUAUCCUUAAUGAUUUUAGUGACAAUAUUUUUGCCUGUAAUUAGAGUGAGUUCAUUCCUAGUGUAUUAUUCACAGAGCCGAUAUAUAUAUAUAUAUAUAUA